AUGUCCGUUAGAUUUUGGAUCACGCAACCAGGGACCUUGAUCACGCAUUGGAAAGAGGUGCUGAGUCGAUGGGCAUUCGCCAAAGGUUCGGGGCACGGUGAAGGGAUCUCGAUCGCCGAGAUGUCAAUGAGAUCGUGGAUCAUGCAGCCAGGAACCUUGAUCACACAUUGGAGAACUGUCAAAUACGCAGCCAUCACCCUUGUGGGGGGAUUGGCGCUUGUCGCGACUCUUGCUGCAACGUUCUACACCACCGCUGCUGAAGCGCUGGUGGCUCCGAAAUUGAGGUUUGGACCUCAGCAAGAGCGCGUCCUCUUGGGAACAGUGGCAACAUCAUUUGCAAACGCUAAAUAUCUAAGCAAGAACUGUAAGACCCCGGUGUCAGAGGAUCAGGACCCAGAAGAGGGUGGAAGGACCUGUCUACAGGUUGAGUAUGCCGGCCAAUCAUAUCACGACUUCAAAACAUGGCUCGCAGACUGGUCCGAAACGGUGCUUCUGGGAAACAACACCAGUACAUCCUCCCUUGAUGGACGGCCGCAACCUGUUGCGAUGCUACACGAUAAUACUACGGUGACCGGCCAAUGGAUCUCUUCGGGCAAAGAGAACAUCACCGCAGACUCCGCUGCGCGUGGACGUCUCGUGCAGGAUGUGACCAUGGCAAUGCCGCAUGCAAACGUGUUCAAUGCCGUCAUGAAUCCAGCCAAUCGCAUUUUACAACCACAAGAUCUUCAAGGGCAGGGAGAGUAUGAAAUCAGCGCGUCGACUCCUGCUCCGGCGCUUAAAGUUCUCUGUGUUAGCUUGAACGCCACAGAGCUGUCACCUCUAAUUGAAACUGAUGGAGGACCUCGUCCAUUUUCGCCUCAAACAGUCGUGGACGAGCUGUUCGGUUUCGGCAACGAAUCACCGCAGGAGCCUGCCCCUCAGUUCCGCAAAAUUCCGUUUAAGUACAAUACAAUCCAUAAUAUAUCCGAACCCUGGGGCCCGAGUGCUGUCUAUCUUCUCGCGACCCCGCCACCUUCACUUUGGACUGAAAUUUACGUUCUCUGCUCAUUGAGAGCCACACAGUAUCCCUACUGCACAACCAAGUACCACGCUGCCCAGUCUGGUGGCCAGCUUUCAGUCCACUGUGACGACAGCCCAGACAAUACAAUGCCUUAUAUACGAUCCAACCCUUCUGCCACGCCUGUGUCCAUCGUGCCGGAUUGGAAAGACGUUGGCUCGGAGUGGAUCAGGUCAACAGGGCUCACUCAGGGCGUUUCUGACGCCAACGCUUCGAUUGCGCGACUGGUUACUCAGAUGGUCCCUAUCAACGACAAGCAAAUUCCUGUGCUUAACCCAAACUUGCCAUCGAUAGCCGAAGCAUUAGCCGUCCUUGCUGGCUGCACGUUAGUCAUGUCCAGUGCCCAUGCGCCAUUCGUCCCUUAUUAUAAUUAUACGAUUAACAUUCUCGAAUCACCGCAAACCCAAUAUUUUAAUGCCUCUUUGAGAUACAAGGACUAUGCGUCCGGAGCAAACCAUGAUUGGCAGGAUAUGUUCUACGUCAUCCUCUUCUUGGUUUUUGCAAUAAACGUCUUCUCUUUGAUUUAUCUGAUCAAACAGGUUUGCGGGGAUGGGCAGGUGACCGACUACACGGAGCCUGAGAACCUUUUCGCAAUUGCCAACUUGAUUCCACCCAACCACAUAUUGCAAGGCGCGUGUGGUGGUGGACCGAGGGGAGGAAUGUUGGGAAAGAAGUGGAGAGUAGAUAUGAAGAAUCCAGACGAUACGCAGUCUAUAACGCAUGGGAUGAGAAGACAUCCACACUUCUAUGUCAAGUGCGUAGAGGAUGACUUGGGGAGUCCCGAAGUGAGCGGUAAAGAGAGAAAGAGGAGAAUCAGGCCAAAGAGCAUUGGGCAGUGGUACAUGAUGGAUCAGGCGGAAAGUCCGGCUAUCGAGCAGUAUAGGAGGCUGACUGGUUAA